GUGUUAGCUAUCUCCAUCCAAUGGCUUUCCUCCUUUUCCGAUUGGCGCUGGUGGCUGGCGCCGUCUAUGGCACCCAAGAGCUGGGCAUUUGGGAAAGAGCCGACCACACGCAGGAGCUGUUCGAAGGCGCCAAACGGGAGGUGAGUCCCUUUGCCGAGGACCUGAUGGGCCGGUUCUGCUGCUGGCGGUGCGAGAAGUGCGACCCCGACGUGGAGGUCAAGCCGUGGCAGGAGUCCAUGGUGGAUGCCUGGAACGAGACGGUCAAGAAGACCUUUACCGCCCUGGGUGUCACAGUGCCCUUGUACUACAACCGCUUCUCGGACGACUUGCAGCAGGGCAUCGACGACUUGGUAAACAACAGUGAAGAUGCAGUGACCGACCCUGGGCUUGGCUCGAAAUAGUAGUACUGCAUCGGACUGCCGUUCAGGCUAAGAUUUUAAGCGAAAAACACGGCAAUGUUCGAGAGAAGGUAAACAAAUCAGAGUUUCAUAGCUAACUACUUUAAUCCUGGCAGAAUAAAGUGUACACUGAAAAAAUCA